AUGCCAAAUAUCUACUUCGCUUUAGGGUUGUUCCUAAUUGUGUGCAAUCUGGAUCUUGGAGUAACUCAAUGGUUACCUACAUAUGAGGCAUUCAGAGAUGAAAAAAUUGAUGAUUUAAAUGGUACAAAUUUAAAGUGAGCAAAUUUAGGAUGGGUGAUAGAAAAUCAAUAUGAAUCUACGUUUGAUGUAGUAACCAAAUGUGGACCAAUAUAAAUUUUAGGAGGUUUAAAGUCAUUCGGUUCCUAAACAACAUUAACAAAGAUGAUUAAGAUUCCUCCACACUAUAGACUUAAAUUUGUUAUACAAUUAUGGAAGUACUACCCAACAGUUAUGUAGAAUAGGCGAUUGGGAAAAUGAUAAAAUUUAAGUCUUUGUCGAUGGUGUGCCUUGGGAAAUGAAAUGGGGUUUUACAGAAGGAGCAAAAUAAUUAUGUGGUGGUCCUAAAAUCCCAAACAGUGAUAAAGUUUAUGAUGUCGAAUUUGAAGUAGCUCACAAUUCUCCAACAGCUACUAUCGUCAUAGCUAGCACUUAAGUUUAGAAAGCAGAUAAAUAAGCUUGGGGCAUGAGAAAUAUCAAAAUCUCUUUUAAAGAAUGUCCUUCUCAAUGUGGCAUAUGUCAUAAUGACAAAGUUAUCGAAUGCAAAUUUUGGAAGCAAGUGGAUCUUAGUUGGUUUCGUACUGACACCUCAUUAGAAGGAUGGAACUUACUAGAAGGAAGACAAAAGUCCGUUCAAUGCUCAGGAAUUGUUAUGUUUGGAGGGCCUGACAAUAUAGGUAGCAAAGCAGUUUUAAUAAAAUAAACAAAAAACUUGCCUCCUCAUUCAAGAGUAAUGAUCAAAUUCACUUUAUGGAAAGUAUGAUAAUAUCAUAUAAUUUAUAGUUUGGACAAUGGGAUAACGAUCAAUUUUAUGUGCACAUUGACGAUGAUUAAGUCUAUAAGUAAACAUUCUAAAUCUUGGAUGGAUUAAACAUAUGCGGAAAGUAAAUCCUGUUAAUUAUGAAUUUUAAGUUCUAAACCAGGGUAUGGCUAGAAAUUGGUGAACAUAGAAAUAAUCUAGAAGCAUAAGAAGAAUGAAAUGACCAUAAAGUUCUCUUCUUCUUUAAAGUAAGGUACAAAUAUUUUAACAAUAUUUUAGAUCCUGAGGAUCAAUCAUGGGGAAUUCGAGAUUUUUUCGCUUUUGUAGCUGAAUGUCCAAAAUUCUGUAGAAGUUGCUUCGGAUCAGGAGAUUAUGAAUGUUUGAAAUGUGAAGAAACCCAUUAACUGAUUGAAGGGAAGUGUGUCAAUAAAGAUGAUUGGUUCAUAUUGGCCAAAGAGUUCAAUGAACCAUCCAGUUUUAAAAAGAGUAGAGAAUGGUAGAUAGAUAAUAUCGAUCCCAUCUAAGCUGAAGUUGAAACCUCCCCUAUUACACAGUGUGGCAAGGACGUCAACAUUUUUGGAGGUUACAAAAUAUUGGCUAAGGUAAAUAAUUAUUACUAUAUGUUUUCAGAAAGCUCAAGUUUCAAAAGUGUAUACCAACAUUCCUCCACAUCAUUUUUUGAGAUUAAGAAUCACCAUGUACAAAAUUGACAGAUGGGAUGGAGAAGAGUUGGUUAUUCUAGGAGAUGAUAAAUAAAUUUGGAGUCAACUUUUAGGGUGGAAUGACCCUGGAUAAUCCAACAUUUGUGGUGACCCUAAAAGUCCAUGGAAGGAAAGAAUUAUGUUUAUCGAUUAAGUGAUUGAGCACAGUAGGGAUGAGUUUAAAUUAUCCAUUACAUCAACCUUAUAGGUAACUGCAGACAUUGCUUCCUGGGGGUUUAGAGAUGUAAUGUUACUUUACUCCCCCAUUAAGGAAUGUAUUACUGUCUUUAGUGAAUGCAAUUAUUAAGGAGAACAAGGGUAGAUUUGUGAGAAUGUUGAGGAGUUAAACAAGGUACACAUUCAUUAUUUUAUGGAUAGUUUGAUUUCCAUAUAAAGUCUAUGCAGAUACCUGAAGGAUUGAAAUUUGUUGGCUUCAAGAAUGCUCAAUUCAAGGGAGACAGAGUUGAAUACACAACCAAUUAGAAAUGUCUUGACGAUAUUCAAUAUUCAUUCAUCUAAAGAUUAUGA